CGCCGUGCUGCUAAAAACAGCCCCCGGCUCUCUUUGCCCCCUCGUUUAAACAAUGUCCUCCGGCCAGAGCAACCCAGAGAGCCUCUGAUCACAACGCAGCCUUGGACUUAUUUCAAGGAAAAUUAACCCGGAAACUCCUCCGCGAGGCAGUGAUCCCGAGCGUAUGCCCCUGGAAAAGCUAGGGAUGAGCUCCUCCCUGAGCUACAAGUCCUUCUCCAAAGAGCAGCAAACCAUGGAUAACCUGGAGAAACAGCUUAUUUGCCCCAUCUGCUUGGAGAUGUUCACCAAGCCAGUGGUCAUCCUGCCCUGCCAGCACAACCUCUGUCGGAAAUGCGCCAGCGACAUUUUCCAGGCCUCCAACCCCUACCUGCCGACCAGGGGAGGCACAACCGUGGCAUCGGGAGGACGCUUUCGCUGCCCUUCCUGCAGACACGAAGUGGUCCUGGACCGGCACGGUGUCUACGGGCUGCAGAGGAACCUGCUGGUGGAGAACAUCAUCGAUAUCUACAAGCAGGAGUCCACGAGACCCGAAAGGAAGUGUGACCAGCCGAUGUGCGAAGAGCACGAAGAUGAGAGAAUUAAUAUCUAUUGCUUGAACUGUGAAAUGCCCACCUGCUCCCUGUGCAAAGUCUUUGGUGCCCACAAAGACUGUCAAGUUGCUCUUCUCACAAAUGUUUACCAGCGACAGAAGUCUGAGCUGAGUGAUGGCAUCGCAGUCCUGGUGGGGAGCAAUGACAGAGCACAAGGGAUAGUCACGCAGCUGGAGGAGACCUGCAGGAUGGUUGAGGAAUGCUGCAGACGACAGAAAGAGCAGCUGUGUGAAAAAUUUGAUUAUCUCUAUUCUGUACUGGAAGAAAGAAAAAAUGAGAUGACACAAAUAAUCACUAGAACCCAAGAGGAGAAACUGGAACAUGUCCGCUCCCUCAUGAAGAAGUAUGCGGACCAUUUGGAAUCUGUGUCAAAGUUGGUUGAAUCAGGAAUCCAGUUCAUGGAAGAACCAGAAAUGGCCGUGUUUUUGCAGAAUGCCAAAACAUUGCUACAAAAAAUUACUGAAGCAUCUAAAGGAUUUCAAAUGGAAAAAAUAGAGGCUGGGUAUGAAAAUAUGAACCAAUUCACAGUGAACCUCAGCAGAGAAGAAAAGAUAAUACGAGAAAUUGAUUUUGACCGAGAGGAGGAGGGAGAAGAGGAAGAGGAGGAGAUGGUGGAUGGUGAAGAUCUGGAUGAAGUCCACACAGAGUCAUCAGGAGAGGAGGAGGAGGAAGAGGUGAAGGAGGAAGGACCUGAGAAAGCAUCACAGCCACCUCAGCAGGACCCUGAACCACAGAACGCGGCAGGAGAACCCCCAGUUGAACCCAAUCCGGUGCUGCUGCCUGCUGCCCCAACUGCUCAGGAUGAGGUUGUGACACCAAGUGAUUCUCAACAGACCCCAGAGCCUGACACUCAAGUGCCGGCCACAGCAGAAACCAUGGAUCCCUUGUUUUACCCUAGCUGGUAUAAGGCUCAGUCGCGGCAAUCAAGCAGUCCAAGCUCAACCCCAGUGAGUGGGUUGGGGAAAGUAGGGCCUCCUGUUUCUCUGGAAACAAGUGCAAAGAAGGCAGAAGCCCCAGCAGCGGCAGCGAUCGAGGAGAGUGCGCCAGGGAGUGGUAAGGAAAGUAAUGCCACUGCAGCAACAUCCAAGGAGUUAGCAUUCUGCAUAUCACUUUUGGCAAUUCUUAUCAUACUACAUCGUCUUUGGAAUCUGAUACAAUACAUGAUUUGUACUUUCAUGGACUGGUUCUGAACCGUCCCCUCAAGGACAAGUGGAGGAAACUCCCGUGAGCAAUGAGAGGGGUGAUGAGCCGGCUCGUCAUAUCUUCUCCUUCUCCUGGUUGAACUCACUGAAUGAGUGAUGACUCACUUUGGCUGGCUUCUGCUGUGCUUCUCCUCAGAGGGACCGUGAGCACCAGCAGCCUGGCUGCAGUCAACAAAGAAACUGGCCUGGAAAAGGACAUCCAAGCAGGUUUCGUUCCCAGGAACUCAACUGACCUCCACAUCACACCUGGCCCUUGAGAUGACAGUCCUGAGAGGCAUGGGAGCAUGGGGCAAAAUUGCUAUACUGUAUUGUAGUCAGAGUGUUUUCCAAUAAUUUCUUGGUUCCAGGGGUGAAAUAGCAUGACUACAGCUGUAGGCUGAGCACUGCUAGUGUUUUGUUAUUCACUUUUUGGCACAUCCCUGUGUAGGUGUAAAUGCUUCACCAAUAUUGUUAGUUAAAAUAUUCACUGGUACCAUCCUUUGCCAACACAGCAUUUCUUCUCAGUAUCCUCCUGCAUCCCAGCUCAUAGGUGCUUGUGACUUCAGUGCCACUAUCAUGUCCCUGGCAUCCCUAAGACAGGGUUGCACAUAAACACCUCCCUGCAGUCUCUCGUAGUCCCCACGGUACCCUGGCUGCAGAGGCUAAACACAGGAGAGGGAAGCUGCCAUUUCUUCCUUCACACCUGCUCUUCCUGCUAAGGCACAAGAGAUGAUGCUCACAUAAAGGGGUUAUCUGUAGAGAAGGUGCCCAGGGACAGGAACAACGAAAAUGCACUUGCUGAGAGCACUGGCCACCCCCUGUGCAGGAAUGCAGGACACAGCUCUGAGCCUGUGGGGCAGACAUUAGGGUGCUGCCCACGUCUGUCCAGCCGUUAUCUGUAUCUACAUCUUCUCAGACAUUCGUGCAUGUGGGAAAAGGGGCACUUUCUUGCGUGAAACCAGCAUGUGGUGAGGAGGUCACAGGUAUUCAUUCAAGGUUUAAUUUGAAGGCCCCAUGGUGCCCUGUAGAAAAGGUGAAUGCCAAAUGUCCUGUUCCAUGUGCAUGGUAGGUGUUGAGUCAUCCAAUGAAACAGGAUUUGUGUCUUAGAAGAAGCUCUACAAGAUGUACUGAAGGUGACACUCUGCAAGUUUUGUCACUGGGGACAGGGUGUCAGCACUCAGUAGUGUUUAAGACAGAUUGGCAGGCUGCAGGGAGUGCUCGGUGCCAUGGGGGACCAGGUGUCAAGCUCUGCGCCAGAGUUCAGUGUAAAUCUUUCCAGCAGCCCCAAGCCAGGCACUAAACACACUUUUGGCAGGGGGCUGUGCCGUGGUGUAGGGUGUGCUGUGCCCCGACAGGAUGGGUGAGCUGUCAGUGCAGACACAAGGCAGCUCCCGGUCAGCAGGCUGUGAAGGGUCAGCCCCAGUUCUGGCCAUCCCUGGCUAUGGGGCUGAGUCACAUCCACCCUCACUUGUAUCUGUUUCCCCGGGAAAACGCUCCUGAGAGAAGUUUUCUGGGGAGCUGCAUAGGUGAGGUCCGCGCAAAGCUUUGAGACUCACACAGCCCAGGGUGAUCACCGCUCCGCACCGCCACUGCUGCCACAUCGCCUCCCGCUGCUGGAGCAGUUUUUCCCUGUGAUGUGGUUUGGGCUGAGGGAUUUCCUACUUUCUCCCUGUUGUCCUGGCAGGUUUUCCUCCGUUCAUCCAGGGAAGUUUCCUCAUAUGCACCACCACCUCCACAGGGCCCCUGGGAGGGACCCGGCUUGGGCAAAACGACCGGGUCGGGGUGAGUCAAGCGGGGAGGAACCUUCUCUUUAGGGGUGCGGGGAGAAUGAGCAGAACUAGGAAGAAAACAAUAAAAAGAUGCGGGAGCGCCACAUCAGUUUCCCAUCGCUGCGCUCUGGCGGGAGGAGACUGCCCCGUCCCGGCCGCAGCUGGAGGAGCCAGGGACCCCCUUCGGGGGGCUGCUGAGGUGGGACUCGGCAGGGCUGGGGGACACCGACCGGUCCCCGACCCCCCUCAUCUCCUUGUGCCGAGGGCGGCGGCGUGGGGCAGCCCCUGCCCGGUGGUCGGGGCCGGCGGCACGUCGGGGCGCGCCUCUGGGGGAGCCCGCAGGGACGGGGAGGGGGAAACAAACAUCCCCGGGAGUGCCUUGGGGCUCCCUGCGGCUCUGAGCGUCCGCGGCCGCGGGUGUCCCCCCGGCCCGGUAAGCGCUGGCGGGAGAGGGGGAGCAGCCCUCAGGCAUCUGGGGAAGAAAGUCUAUCAAGCCAUCAUUAGUUUGCAGCUUUUAUUAAAAAUAUAAAUAUUAAACAUUCUCUUACACAACAAAAUCGACCGAGCGCUGAAAAGAUGUUUUAUUGUGAAAAUGUUUACAGGAAAAAAAGUGUAUUUAGAGUAGCUCACAGAGAUUCCCCCUCCCACCUCCCUGCCCCCAGCAGAAAAGUUAUCUGUCUUCUUGACACCAUUUCUUCCAAUGCCCACACAUCCCUACGUAGCGAUGGCACUAGAAUAACUGGGAAAUGGAUAAAUAAAUAAAGGUAGGGGAGGUUACGAACGAGACUCGUGUUUCUGCACUUGGUACACGGUUGUGCAUGCUAGUCAAGGGACAGAGGCUGUUCGGAGUACACCCUUCUAGGUUUAAAGCUAUAUAAAAAUAAAGAGAUGACAUCAGAGCAGCA